AAUACCACGUCAGCUGCGAUAUGCGGAUGGGUAAUCUAUCUGAAGUGUGGCUAAUCUACUGUAGCGAGCUAGCUGCUAGCAUACUGCAACCGUCAAUGCUAGCCGGCUAGCUGCUGAGCUCGCUUCGCGCUACGGAAGUCGUUUGUGUUCCACUGCUCAGAUGCAGCGUUUAGUUAAGUUUAAAGUUAACAAGGUCAACGGAACGUUUUAACGGGUCAGGGGCUUUUGAACCAAAACGGGUGUUUUUCAAAGGAGAUCACUAAAUGUCUCUUUUACUGGCGUUUAGCGUGACAGUUAUCUUGUGUUUACUUCAGCUGACGUUAGCGGUGAACAAGCAGCUCGUAUCGUGUGUUUGUCGUCAGGUUAAAGCUUCUGGACUUUAAUAAUCAACGUGUGUCAGAGUACAAAUGAAUACUGAAUGCUGCAGACGCCAGGAUGGACUCCAGUGGGAAACCCUCGACUGCGCAGGUUGUGGUUUUAGCCACCAGCUCAGCUUUGACCGCGCUCUUCUAUUCCAUCUACAAGAGCCGAGCUACAACGGUUGCCAGAUUAAAGGGAGCCCAAAAAGUUACCAUUGACCAGGGUUUGAAAAACAUCCUGUCUGAAACUCCUGGACGAUGUGUCCCGUAUGCGGUCAUCGAAGGGGUCGUGAGAUCCGUGAAGGAAACGCUGAACAGCCAGUUUGUUGAUAACUGUAAAGGCGUGAUUGAGAGACUGACCCUGAAGGAGGAGAAGAUGGUGUGGAAUCGCACCACUCAUCUCUGGAACAACACAGAGAAAGUCAUCCACCAGCGCACCAACACGGUUCCUUUCUCUCUCGGGUCUCCCGACGACGGGAUCGCUGCCGCGGUCCGGGUCGUCCGCCCGCUGGACGCUGCGGAGUUGAACCUGGAGACCACGUACGAGAACUUCCACCCCACCCUCCAGUCGCUGUCCAACGUCAUCGGCCACUUCAUCAGCGGGGAACGGCCCAAGGGCAUCCACGAAACCGAGGAGAUGCUGCGGCUGGGGGAGGCCGUCACGGGCGUCGGCGAGCUGGUCCUCGACAACGACCUGAUCAAGCUGCAGCCUCCCAAGCAGGGCUUCCGCUACUUCCUCACGCGGCUGGAUUACGACUCCCUCCUCAGGCAGCAGGGGAACAGCGUGCGGCUGUGGAGGAUUCUGACCGUCGUGUUCGGCGCCGCUGCCUGUUCCACCCUCCUGUACAUCCUGUGGAAGCAGUACCACCGCCACAGGGCGAGCAGGAAGGAGAGGAGCUUGCUGGAGGAGUUCAAGGAGCAGCAGAAGAGGCGCAUGCGCGAGCUCAACGUGGAGGAGGGCAGCGUGUCGCCCUCCAGCUGCGCCGUGUGCCUGAGCCGGGAGCGGUCCUGCGUGUUCCUGGAGUGCGGUCACGUGUGCGCGUGCGUCCAGUGCUUCGACGUCCUGCCGGAGCCGAAGAAGUGCCCCAUUUGCAGGGCGACGAUAGACAGGGUGGUGCCUCUCUACAACAGCUGAUGUCCUGUGAGAAGUCUGCUUUUUUUUUUUUUUGUUUCGCAGUCGCGCCGCUGGAGAGAUGGCACUCAAAAGCUGCCUCGACAACUCUGUCAGUGGUGCAGUUUGUUUCCGUGUUUUAAAUACUUACUCAUAUUCCCCAUGAAACAUACAAAUUAACUUUGAAACCGGUAAUCUCGUCUCUCGAGAGGGAACGAGUGUUCCUCAAACUGACAAUUAUUGGUCUUAAUGUCUGUUUUGCGUUUUUUUAUAUGCCACCAAAGCAGCACUUAAGAUGAGCGAACACAGUCGGGCCCUCCGGGAUUCACCUUGAAGGCACAUUUAACGGUUCGUACGCGGUAGUAUAUAUUUGGAAUACAGUACAUAAAUCCUGACCAUGGAAAUGUUUCAGCCUAAUUUGCAACUGACGGGGCCGCAGCGCUCGUUGACCCCACUCGGUCUUCACCUUUGACAUUAGAAUACACAUGGAGACCUUCUACCUAAACCUUCCUUGAAUGUUGGGAUUUUGCUUUGGUAAGUUGUUGGUGUUCAACUUGUACACGCUUCUCUCAGGUUGUUUUAUGUUUUGGAGAAAGGGGACAGGCGGGACCCUGUCCUUCGCAUUUCGUUGUUUUGCUGCUAGAAAGACCCGUGCUGCUUGACACACGUAGAAGGAGGGUGCAGUACGUGCACAUCCUCGGUACCAGCACAGACACUUAUUGUUUUGACUUUUCUCGGGCAUCUAGGAUGUUUGCAACAGUAAUCGUAUUAAAGAAAAAUGCAAUUUGACCAAGUGCUCUCGUUUUCAUUCAUUGUGUGGAAUAAAGCCACAGGGAGAAAGCGGUAGGAAUGAAAUGUUCCCGCCAGGAGGGGGGGAUGUCUCCAUGUGUGGACAAUGUUCACGUUCAGAUUUGGAAUCCAUGGAGCAUGAGUAAACUCCUAAUUGUUAUGUCACAUGCUCUCCCUAAGCAAACAGCCUUUUAAAAAAAAUUGCUAUUAUUAUUUCAUUUGAAACUACAUUAAAAUAUAACGAACAGAAUAUAUUUUAAAAGCCAUUUAUUCAAGGGUCGCAUGUUUUUUCACAGCAGCAUAAGAAUAAAGCAGUGAUUGAAAGUGUGUUUCACUGUAAACCAGCAACAAUCUGAAAUCUUUAUUCUGUCCGGGGAUUUAAUUCAUUUAUAUUUUGUAAAUAAUGGACACGUACCACAGGCCGGGAGUAGAAACUCCUGCCUGAUUUCUGUGGGGAGAACGCCGUAUCAGGGGCAGUUUGCACAGAAGAAGAUGCUGUAUUAUUAAAAAAAAACAAAUGGCAACAUCUCACGUUAUCCUAUGAAUGUUUAAUGGUACACUACACUUGGGUCUUGGCAUCAUCCGCAGCUUUCCUCUGGAUAGCUGGUUUCUUGGAGUGAGCUGAUGCCGGUUGGUCCUAAAUGUCAGAUGCACGGCGUAAUCAGGCCGGCCGAGCCUUAUGCACUCCCUCUUGUAUUGUAUUAAUGCCCCUGAAUGCCUCAUCAGGGCCACUUUAGCAACCAGGCCCAUAACUGACCCGGAGAUAUGCUUAUUUAUUCAUGUCUCUCCAAUUAUUGGUCUACGUUCCAUCCUUUUUUUAUUUUUUAUUAUACAUUUCCCCCCCCCUGAGUGUUGCUCUACAGGAUUGGUAAUGCGUAAAUCUUCAUCAACCUGUUUUUUAUGCACAUUUUGAGUUUGCUUACUGAAAACCUGACUGGAAUAAAUAGUCAAAUGCACCAGGCAUGAAGCUUGUGACGUAUAGUGACAAAUAAAAUCCGGUCCUCUGGACCAAAGAGGGUACGGGGACUCUUCUUCAAGCCGUGUAAACCGUGAACAGACCAACAAAGACGCCCCCGCUGUUACUCCCCAAAUGAGACUUUGAAUUUCAGUACCACAGGAGGAGUGUGCGAGAACUGCAUAAUGAAAGCCAAACCGGGAGCCAUGUGUAUGCUGUUUAUUUCUUUACAUAUUUAUUAGCUAAUGUGUAACAUUUGAUUCAAUGUAUGUGUUGAGUAUGUCUGUUAAAUCAAUCUUAUAUUUUCCUCUGAAAUGUAGUGAAGUAGAAAUUCCAUCAAAUGAAAAUAUCAGUUGCGUACCUCGAGUAGAUCUCCAUCCGUACAUACAAGUGCGAGCUUGGCUGAUGGUUUAACAUUUGUGUGAUUUAUAAAGAGGAAAACUUUAUAAUUAUUUACUUAAUAAUUUAAUGACUCAUUGUUUUUCUCUCCUGAUUGCAAUUACUUUGCGACAUGCAGUCAUCAUUAAAUCGGCCAAUUUAGUCCAAAAGACUCAAAGAUGAGGGUCAUCAAAAGUUUGAGUGAGCUCAGUAAGUUUAUUACAGGCUUUUUGCUCAAAUCCGCUCACACUGCAGCCCGUUCAAAGGUAACAGCAGGUCCGCUGUUGAUAGAUGUGUUGGUUUCAUCUAUUCAAUAAAAGGCUGCAAGACCCUUGAAAA